AUGACCACUGCUUCAUCACCAUUCGACUGCAUCACAUAUCUUGUUCUUGAUGAACAUGGCCUCUGUGCACCGCCUCCAGAAUCAUGCAAGGCAUAUCCUGGCACGUCCUCUUGGCCCUCCGCCCACGCAUGGGCUACCCUCAAUCAAACCAUCAAUGGACGACUGCUUCGACCUUCUCCGCCCGGUGCGGUUUGCCAUCCUAGCCAGUCUACCUACAACAUCAGCCAAUGCUCCCAGGUAGUCGACGAGUGGAAGACGUACGACUUUCAUGUUGCAAACCCAAUUUCCGUCAUGUGGGACAAGUUCGACAACUUUACCUGCCUACCUGAUGAAAACACGCCGUGUUCUCCAACCGGGUAUCCUGCCUAUGUGGUGAAUGCAUCAACUGCAGAGCAUGUCAAGAUUGGCAUAGACUUUGCACGCAAGUACAAUGUCCGCCUCAACGUCAAGAAUACUGGCCACGACUAUCUCGGGCGCUCCAAUUCUGCAGGCUCCCUCUCCAUUUGGACUCAUAAUCUGAAGACAAUCGCCUACAACAAAGGGCAGUAUAAGCUGCAUGGCUCUGGGAAGAUCUUGCAAGGAAAUUCCAUCACUGUUGGCGGUGGAUCUGAGAUGUACGAUAUAUAUAUUGCUGCAGACAAGCAUCACGAGCUUAUUGUUGGUGGAGGAGGAAAGACUGUUGGAAUAGGUGGCUACAUCACUGGCGGAGGGCAUUCCAUCUUUGCGCCAAAGUAUGGCUUAGCCGCAGAUAACGUGUGGGAAAUGGAGAUUGUUACACCAGGAGGCGAUAUUGUUAUAGCCAACGAAGAUAGACAUCAAGACCUAUUCUGGGCAAUGAGAGGAGGAGGCGGCUCAACAUUUGGUGUCAUCACAUCCAUCACGCUCAAGACGCAUCCAAGCCCCAAGAUUAUGGGCGUCGCCUACAUGAUGUUCACCGAUCCCAAAGAAUCCAUCGUCUUCGACCUCAUCACCUACAUCGUUUCCCAAAUACCCAGUCUAAUGGCACAAGGCCUUUCUGGCUACAAUCUCGCCACAAAAAACAUGACGACGCCCGUCCAGAUUCCAGGCAUCCCAGAUCGCAUCGCCGGAUUCCUAGGCACAACGGUUCUCCAAGACGUCGACAGCCCCGACGUCGUCGCAAAGAUUUUCAAUCCAAUCAACGAAACCCUUGACGAGCGCUGGCCCAACAAGGUCCAAUUCUACACUCUUCUUACCGAAUAUGAUUCGUGGCUGGCUUGGUUCAGCCAGAAUUAUGACACCAACCAGGCGGGUGGAAGCCAGUACCUCGUCUCCCGACUUCUCGAUGGCGAAGCCUUAACUGGUAACCCGCGGAAGCUGAAGAGCGCUCUCCAAGCAGCGAUAACUCCGAGCGGAACCAUAUCCGUAUUCAUGGUAGGCGGCAAGGGUGUCCAAGAAGCGAAGCCGAGAGGAGGUAGCAAUGCCGUCAAUCCCGCAUGGAGAACCGCAUAUGUUCACGCUCUAACCAGCGAACCGUUCGGGCCGUUCAACAAGACUGCAGAGAACAAUGCCAAAGCGAUCCUCGACAAAGAAUUCCAACCACUCCGCGAUCUGACGCCCAAAUCCGGCGCAUACAUCAAUGAGGCACGUUGUUUUCUUUAUCCCUCAUCAUUGAUCAAUGGCUACUAA